CUCCUCCUCCUCUCUUCCUCUUCCCCAUCACACCUCUCUAUCCUCUCCACCCACCAUGCUCGAGCGUCUCUCCCAAAUCUCCUCUCACACUCGCGCCACGGCCGCCCCCGUCGCCGCUCAUCCCCUCGAUCCCCUCUCGGGCGAGGAGAUGAAGGCCGCCGCCGCCAUCGUCAAGGCCGCCUACCCCGACAAGCGUCUGUCCUUCAACGUCCUCUCGCUCGCCGACCCCAAGAAGGCCGAGUUCCUUGUCUGGGACGCCGACCGCGCGAACGCGCCCAAGCCCGCCCGUGAAGUCGACGUCGUCGCCCUCGAGGCCGGCGUCUCCGGCGUCUGGGAAGGUCUCGUCGACCUCACCGCCGGCAAGAUCGUCGAGUGGACAAAGGUCGACGGUGUCCAGCCCAUCCUCACCUUCGAGGACCUCGCCAAGGUCGAGACCGUCAUCCGCAAGGACCCCAAGGUCAUCGAGCAGUGCGUCAUCUCGGGAAUCCCCGAGUCGGACAUGCACAAGGUCUACUGCGAUCCCUGGACCAUCGGCUACGACGAGCGCUUCGGCACCGAGCGCCGUCUGCAGCAGGCAAUCAUGUUCUACCGCUCCGACAUCGACGACUCGCAGUACUCGCACCCGCUUGACUUCUGCCCUAUCUUCGACACCGAGACCAGCGAGAUCAUCGCCAUCGAUAUCCCCGCCGUCCGCAGACCGCUCUCGAAGGCGCCCCACGCAAACUUCCACGAGAAGGCCGUCGAGGCUCUCGGUGGAUACCGCACUGACAUCAAGCCUAUUGUCGUGCAGCAGCCCGAAGGUGUCUCGUUCAAGGUCUCCGGCCGCGAGAUCGAAUGGCAGAACUUCAAGUUCCACGUCGGCUUUAACUACCGCGAGGGAAUCGUCCUCUCCAACAUCUCUUACAACGACCACGGUGAGGUCCGCCCUCUGUUCUACCGUAUGUCCUUGGCCGAGAUGGUGGUUCCCUACGGUAACCCCGACCACCCGCACCACCGCAAGCAUGCCUUCGAUCUCGGCGAGUACGGUGGAGGUUACAUGACCAACUCGCUCGCCCUCGGCUGCGACUGCAAGGGUGUCAUCCACUACAUGGACGCCGCUUUCCCCGAUCGCGAGGGUAACCCGAUCGACAUCAAGAACGCGAUCUGCAUCCACGAGGAGGACGACGGAGUUUUGUUCAAGCACUCCGACUUCCGCGACAGCUACGCGACCUCGAUCAACACCCGUGGUGUUAAGCUCAUUGUCUCGCAGAUCUUUACUGCGGCCAACUACGAGUACAUGAUCUACUGGAUCUUCCACAUGGACGGCACCAUCCAGCUCGAGAUCAAGCUUACCGGAAUCCUGAACACCUACAUCCUCGGCGAGGGUGAGGACACCCGCGGAUUCGGCACCCAGGUCUACCCCGGUGUCAACGCCCACAACCAUCAGCAUCUGUUCAAUCUGCGUAUCAACCCCAUGAUUGACGGACUCAACAACUCCGUGCAGAUGGUCGACGCCGUUCCCUCGGACGAGCCCGUUGGAUCGCCCAACAACUUCUACGGCAACGCUUUCUUGCCCAAGAUCACUCCCUUCAAGACCACCGGCGAGGCCAUCACCGACUACAACGGAGCCACUUCGCGCACCUGGGACAUGAUCAACCCCAGCCGCAAGCACCCUUACUCUGGCAAGCCCGCCUCUUACAAGCUCGUCUCUCGCGAGUCGCCAAUGCUCUUGCCCAAGGAGGGCUCGCUUGUUGCCAAGCGCGCUGCCUUUGCCCGUCACACCGUGCACGUCACUCCCUACGUCGACCGCCAGUUCUACCCUGCGGGCAAGUACGUUCCUCAGACCUCGGGAGAGCCCAGCAGGGGUCUGCCCGAGUGGAUCGGUGACGGCACCGGUGCGAUCGAGAACACCGACGUCGUUCUGUGGCACACUUUCGGCAUCACUCACUUCCCCGCCCCUGAGGAUUUCCCCGUCAUGCCUGCUGAGCCCAUGACUCUCCUGCUCCGUCCCAGAAACUUCUUCAAGCAGAACCCUGCUCUCGACGUUCCUCCAUCCCACUUGAUGACCACCUCCAAGGUCCUCUCCGGCGGCGCUCCGACCACGAUUAAGUCGCUCACCGACUCUGUCUCGCGCCUUGCCUUUGGCGAGGCCAAGGCUGAGUGCUGCUCAAAGUAAAUGAAAAUGGGUAUUUCCGGGUAGUUUGAAUGUCUCUCCUGUCUCUUUGUUGUUGUUUUGUUCUCUCUUUUGCAGUGCCUCUGGUUUUAUGAUUGUUCCAGUACAUUAAUACGAAUGAUAACGGUAAUAUCGAAAACACAUCUAGUAGUUAGCGCGUAGGGUUUUGGCUUAACCUCUUAAUGAAAACAUUACAUAAUCGCGCCCC